CUUGGGGCGCCUGGCAGAAGUGUACAGUGACGUGUGGGGGCGGGACCACAAUGAGGCAGAGAUUCUGCAACAAUCCAGUGCCCAUGGGACAGGGGGCUCAGUGUUCCGAGCCACUCAUUGAGGAGCAGAUGUGCAACAAACAAGGCUGUACUCCAACGGGAUAUGCCCACGGAACCUCUUUCGGUGGCACAUGCGGUGAUCAAAGAGGCCUCUUCGACUGCAAGAACGGCAUCCAGUGCAUUGACAUCAACCUCAAAUGCGACUGUGUGCCUCACUGUACGGACUUCAGUGACGAGGAUGUGGCAUAUGCUGGCUGUGUCAUGGACCUCAUAGACUGCUUGAAUGGAGCAGGUAUCAAGGACCUCAUGUUCUCCCUCGGCGUCGCUGCUCUUACUGCCUCACUCACAGUCUUCCGAGUGGUGUACGGAUAAUCCACAUGACAUUUUUCGCCUGGAGUCAAAUGCCUCUG